AUGGAUCUACCUUACUACCACGGCCCUCUGACCAAGCGAGACUGUGAGAUCUUAUUGCUCAAGGAAGGAGAGGAUGGCAACUUUCUGCUAAGAGACAGCGAGUCUGUGCCAGGAGCCCUGUGCCUCUGUGUCUCGUUUAGAAAUCUUGUCUAUACAUACCGAAUCUUCAGAGAGAGACAUGGGUAUUACAAGAUUCAGACUUUGGAAGGUACUCCAAAACAGAUCUUUCCAAGCCUAAAGGAAUUGAUCUCCAAGUUUGAAAAGCCAAACCAAGGUCUGGCGGUUCACCUUUCAAAGCCAAUAAAGAGAAGCAGUCCCAGCUUAAGAAGGAGAAGAUUGAAAGUUAAACUGGAUGAGAACAAUGAUGACGACUAUGUGAAUGUCUUACCUUAA